GCCGCGGGCCUGGCGGCGUCGCUUCCCCGGCCACUGGGGGCGGGAACCCCGCGUCCACCCCGGGGAACCGGACCGGGAACGGGAGGGGGGCUCGUGGGGACCGCGCGUCUCGUCCCAACCGAGUCUCGGGAACCUGUGGCCCGCGCCGCGCCGGCUCAACCCGAGGGAACGCCUGUUCAGGGCUGACUUCUCUGGCAGCAGGCCCAGGAUCACAGCUGCAGUCUGGAUACUUACUCUGUGUCAUGAUAUCCGAACAUUAUUAUGCAUUCUUUUCAAGCUUUGCUAAAGUGAUUUAAACUUUUAAGAUGCUUCCAUUAAUUGGAAAAACAAUCAUCUUUGAUAACUUUCCCGAUCCUUCUGAUACAUGGGAAAUCACUGAAACAAUCGGCAAAGGAACUUAUGGAAAAGUUUUUAAAGUGUUGAAUAAGAAAAAUGGCCAAAAAGCAGCAGUCAAAAUUCUGGAUCCGAUUCAUGAUAUUGAUGAAGAGAUUGAAGCAGAGUACAACAUCUUAAAAGCACUUUCUGACCACCCUAAUGUGGUCAGAUUCUAUGGCAUGUACUUUAAGAAGGAUAAAAUAAAUGGAGAUAAGCUGUGGCUGGUUCUUGAGCUGUGCAACGGAGGAUCAGUGACAGAUCUUGUGAAAGGAUUUCUGAAGAAGGGCAAAAGAAUGAGUGAGCCCAUAAUUGCCUACAUUUUACGUGAAGCGCUGUUGGGACUUCAGCAUUUGCAUAACAACAAAACUAUCCACCGUGAUAUAAAAGGAAAUAACAUCCUAUUAACCAUCGAAGGUGGAGUUAAACUCGUAGAUUUUGGCGUGUCUGCGCAGCUCACCAGCACCUGGCACCGUCGGAAUACAUCCGUAGGAACGCCCUUUUGGAUGGCUCCUGAGGUGAUUGCAUGUGAACAGCAGUUGGAUACAACUUACGAUGCCAGAUGCGACACGUGGUCCCUGGGGAUCACGGCCAUCGAGCUCGGGGAUGGAGAUCCUCCGCUGGCAGACCUCCAUCCCAUGAGAGCGCUCUUCAAAAUACCAAGGAAUCCACCCCCAAAACUGAGGCAGCCUGAGAUAUGGUCAGCAGAAUUCAAUGACUUCAUCAGCAAGUGCUUGACUAAAGAUUAUGAAAAGCGGCCAACAGUGUCAGAUCUUUUACAGCAUAAAUUCAUUACUCAAGUUGAAGGCAAAGAUGCGAUGUUGCAAAAACAACUCAUGGAAUUCAUUGGUAUUUACCAGUGCACGGGAGGCUCAGAAAAGGCCAGGCAUGAACGUCUUUACACCAAGAAAAGUAACUUCAGCAGAUCUUUAAUUUCCAACCUCAAGGAUGUAGAUGAUUUAGCAACCCUAGAAGUUUUGGAUGAGAAUACAGUCUCAGAGCAACUUGAGAAGUGUUACUCCAGAGAUCAGAUUUACUUCUAUGUGGGAGACAUACUCAUUGCUCUUAACCCUUUUCAGAGUCUGGGUCUUUAUUCCACAGAGCAUUCCAAACUGUAUAUUGGAGCAAAGAGAACUGCCAAUCCUCCUCACAUUUUUGCCAUGGCUGACUUAGGAUACCAGUCUAUGGUGACAUAUAAUUCAGAUCAGUGCAUUGUUAUUUCCGGGGAAAGUGGUGCUGGAAAGACGGAAAGUGCUCAUCUCCUAGUUCAGCAGCUGACAGUACUUGGAAAGGCUAAUAACAAAACCCUGCAAGAGAAGAUUUUACAAGUGAAUAAUUUGGUGGAAGCCUUUGGCAAUGCCUGCACUAUUAUAAAUGACAAUUCCAGCCGAUUUGGAAAAUACUUAGAAAUGAAAUUUACCCCUUCUGGGGCUGUCGUGGGAGCACAGAUUUCUGAAUACCUUCUGGAGAAAUCCCGAGUUAUCCACCAAGCCAUUGGAGAAAAAAAUUUUCAUAUUUUUUACUACGUCUAUGCUGGUUUAGCUGAAAAGAAGAAACUAGCCCAUUACAAAUUGCCGGAAAAUAAGCCUCCCAGAUACCUGCAAAAUGACCACAUCAGAACAGUACAGGAUGUGUUGAAUAAUAGUUUCUAUAAAUCCCAAUAUGAAUUAAUUGAGCAGUGUUUCAAAGUCAUCGGUUUUACAAUGGAGCAACUUGGAAGUGUAUACAGUAUACUGGCUGCAAUCCUGAACGUUGGAAACAUUGAAUUUUCUUCUGUGGCAACCGAGCACCAGAUUGACAAGAGCCACAUUUCUAAUCAUGCAGCUCUGGAGAACUCUGCUUCUUUGCUUUGCAUUCAAGCAGAUGAGCUACAAGAAGCUCUCACCUCCCACUGUGUGGUCACUAGAGGAGAAACCAUCAUACGACCCAAUACUGUAGAGAAAGCUACUGAUGUCAGGGAUGCGACGGCGAAAACUUUAUAUGGACGCCUGUUUAGUUGGAUAGUCAAUUGCAUUAACAGCUUAUUGAAGCACAAUGCAUCACCCAGUGGGAAUGAUGAUGAGCUAAGCAUUGGCAUUCUGGAUAUAUUUGGCUUUGAAAAUUUCAAAAGAAAUUCCUUUGAGCAGCUGUGCAUUAACAUUGCAAAUGAACAAAUUCAGUUUUAUUUCAAUCAACAUGUGUUCGCCUGGGAACAGAAUGAAUACCUAAAUGAAGAUGUGGAUGCUAGAGUUAUUGAAUACGAAGAUAACCGGCCUCUCCUAGAUAUGUUUCUGCAGAAGCCAAUGGGUUUACUGUCCCUCCUCGAUGAAGAAAGUAGAUUUCCCAAGGCCACCGACCAAACUCUUGUAGAAAAAUUUGAAGGUAAUCUGAAAUCACAGUACUUCUGGAGGCCUAAAAGAAUGGAACUUAGUUUCGGAAUUCACCAUUAUGCAGGAAAGGUCAUCUAUAAUGCAAGUGGGUUCUUAGCUAAAAAUAGAGACACUCUUCCAACUGAUAUUGUGCUACUUCUGAGGUCAUCAGAAAACAGUGUAAUUCGGCAGCUAGUCAGCCAGCCUCUAACAAAAACAGGUAAUCUGCCAUAUUCUAAAACUAAAAACAUAAUAAACUAUCAAAUGAGGACUUCAGAAAGAUCAAUCAACCUGACAAAGGGGGAAACUGGAGAGGCCACCCGUCACGCCAGAGAGACAACCAACAUGAAAACACAAACAGUUGCAUCGUAUUUCAGAUAUUCUCUGAUGGAUUUGUUAUCUAAAAUGGUGGUCGGCCAACCUCACUUUGUCCGCUGCAUCAAACCAAACAAUGAACGUCAGGCAAGAAAAUACGACAAAGAGAAAGUCCUGCUCCAGCUUCGCUACACAGGCGUUCUGGAAACAGCAAGAAUUCGAAGGCUGGGAUACUCACAUCGGAUACUUUUUGCCAACUUUAUAAAGCGGUACCACGUUCUCUGUUAUAAGUGGUGUGAAGAACCUCCACUGAGCCCUGACACCUGUGCCACCAUUUUGGAAAAAGCUGGUCUGGAUAACUGGGCCCUUGGAAAAACGAAAGUGUUCCUUAAGUAUUAUCACGUGGAACAGUUAAAUUUAAUGCGAAAGGAAGUCAUCGACAAGCUUAUUUUGAUUCAAGCCUGUGUCAGAGGAUUCUUGGGCUCAAGAAGAUACCAAAAAAUACAGAAGAAAAGGAAAGAGAGCGCUAUAAUAAUACAGUCAGCUGCAAGAGGACAUCUAGCCAGAAAACAAAGGAAAGAAAUUGUUAACACGAAAAACACAGCAGCAAAAACCAUUCAGACUCAAGAUCAGGAAUUUGACUACAAGAAAAACUUUGAAAAUAAAAGGGAAUCUUUUGUGAAGAAACAGACAGAGAAUGCAGUGUCUACUAAUGAAACAGUCAUUCCAGCUCCAAAUAAUAAGGGAAGUACAUCUGUAGUGAAGACUUCUACUUUCAGAGCUGAGGGGGAAUCCACGAAUGCUAUGGAAAGUAAAAACAGAGGAUAUCAGACCCCGAAAAAAAUGAACAACGUGUAUGAGGAAGAGGCUAAGCAAGAAUUGUAUCUGGUGGGGGACGCUUGGGCAGAAGUAAACACCAAUAAGAAGUAUAUGAAAGACUUGGAAGAAAAUAGUAAGAUAAGGAAAAUGGAAAAGGAGGACACUGUGGUCCAGAAUUAUUAUCAGUGGUACACAGAGGAAAGGAAUUUCGAAGACUCAAAAGCAGCAUAUCUAGAAAGGAAGGCCAUAUCAGAAAGGCCAAGCUACCCAGGACUUUGGUUAGCGGAGGAGACCUCAGCUCCUAAGCAGCCUUCUUUUAAAAAAACUUUAGAACCUAGUCUUAGCCAGAGGUCGGUUUGCCAAGAUGCAAAUAGCAAGGAAAAAGAAAAGAAGACGUCUGUGGUCACCCAGAAUGCCCCAGUGUGCAGUCAUCAGAGGAACCCUGUGAGGCAUGGGAUGGUCCAAGAGAGGCAAAUCGAACCGGCAAUGCAAGCCCAGGAAAAAGAAGACAAAGCAGCGGUGUUCAUUCAGAGCAAAUACCGGGGCUACAAGAGGGGGCAGCAGUUAAGGAAGGACAGGAUGUCUUCUUUUAAAAAUCAAAAAGCGGUUGCAACACCGACAGAAGUAGCAAGAAAUACUCACACUUUGUAUUCCCAUCCCGCAAAAUUUGAGGAAUCCUGUAACAUGAGGAUGAAGAGUGAUAAGGACUCAAAAGCAAUUUCAGAAAAAGAAGCAUGUGAUUUGGCAAUUUUUUCAAAACAGAUAUCAAAGCUAUCUGAAGAAUAUUUCAUUCUGCAGAAAAAACUGAAUGAAGUGAUUUUGUCACAGCAACUGAAGCCUCUUUAUCUGGGUGUCUAUCCUCAUAAGCCAAUUACUAGACGAGUUUCUUCUCAGCAGUGCAUCUCAGGUAUCUCCAAAGGAGAGGAGCCAAAAAUAUUGAGACCCCCAAGGCGGCCCCGGAAACCCAAAACACUAAAUAACCCUGAAGACUCCACGUACUAUUCUCUCCUACAUAAGUCAAUCCAAGAAGAAAAACGAAGAUCAAGGAAAGAUAGUCAGGGAAAAUUAUUAGAUCUGGAAGAUUUCUAUUAUAAGGAAAUUUUGCCCAGUCAUCCUGGACCAGAGGAACACAACCUUAGUUUAAGAGAACGAAGACAACAGCAAGAACUCCAGAAUCAAUGUUUUAAAGCUGAUGAAAGGUGCUGGGCGGCGGAGGACCGCGAGGAGGAGGAGAAUGCGCCCACCGCCAACCCCUACGACUACAGGCGGCUCCUGCGCAAAACCUCCCAGCGCCGGCGCCUCGUUCAGCAUGUGUAGCCCCGCGGCUCGGCGGCCGGCGCCGUCGGGAUGUGCCCGAGACUGCGGAGCUUGCCGGGGCCAAAGCGGGGGAUCCUCAGGCACUGCGCCAUCAGGUGCUGGGGCCGCGGCCCUGGCCUUAGCAGGGGCUGCCCGCUGGGCUCGCCCCUCGGGUGCCCGGGCCAGCCUCUGGUGCUCGGAGGGCGGAGAGCUGAGAGCCCUUCGGACGCCGCGUCUCCGCGGUCCCGCAUCCUCCCACCAGCCGCCGGUUUGGGCAUCCCUGGCCCUGGUCCCCAAUGUGUCUCUUUGUUCACUUGUUUGCGACUCCUUCUGUGGACCCGACUGCGCCUGAUCUCUCGCCGACCCCUCCUCUCUCCUUUUGGGUAACUUCACAGAUUUCGUCUUUCUCGGAAACGGCUCUGCCAGGCCCGCGGCAUCCUCGCUGACGGGUUGAGUCUGUGAGGACAGAACAAAGCCGG